AUGGCCGGCUCCCAGUUGGCCUUGGAGCCGCCCACCAGCAGCUUCAGCCUGCGGAAGAACCCGCGCUUGAGCGUCCGGUCUGCUAGUGGCCAACUCUUGGACGUGAGGAGCCAAACACUGAGCUACAGCUUCUCAGUGUCCAAGUCACAGUCCAACAAUUCGAAGGUCCCAAAAGUGGACGGCGUCGUCCAGACGGAUCUGCAGUGGCGAGACGGCUGGCACUGCUGCGCAUGCGCCCGGCCACCCAAGAUGGAGCUGCCGGUGCCCUUGAAAACCUCCAAAAGGCGGACAUACCCGGCCUUCAGCACCGUGGCGCCUCUGCAGGGCGGAUGGCACUUGGUGGACGGCCCCGCUGGGGUGGCCGAGUGGCUUCAGGAGUUCCUGAUCGUUGGCACCAUGGUGCAUAGCCGAUCCCACCAUUUUCCACUUCUUCAAGGUCAAAACGGGAAGGUGGAGAUGGCCGGAGGAGUGCUGGAGCUGGACGCGGAGGGCCGGCUGAACCGCCUGGGCAAGUCCGGCCACGCCUUCAGCUUCCGCCGGGGUGACGUGAGCAUCAAGGCCCCGGAGGCCUUGGACGAGAGCGACCUGGACACCUCCGAGGCCGGGUUGGACCGCGCCAUGUCCUUCACCUCCAGCCCCCGGCGUGGCUAAUUUAAUCCCGCGCGGGGCGGAGAAAGACUUGAGCUGGCGGGUCUUCGAUCCCAAAU